GGAGUGUGGUUUAGUAUAGUAUAUACUAUAUACAUAUAUACAUAUAUAGUAUUAGUAUGAGGUGGUAUGAGGUGUGACUAUCGUAACCUUAACAGUAGUGUGUGACAGUAUCCGCCUGCUAAAUAUUAAAGAAUUUAAUUUAAUACAUAUAAAAAUAAUAACUGAAAAAAGCAGUUAUUGUGAAAUAAUUAAAGAAAAGAUAAGAAUUUUAUAACUGCCAACAUGUUUAGUUGGUUGAAUCGUGAUGACAGUGGAAAGCAAGAACUCUUUGAAAAUGUUACUGAAGGUUUAAAGAAAAUUUACAAAUCAAAAUUACUGCCUCUUGAGCAGUUUCAUCAGUUUCAUGAUUUCCAUUCACCACAAUUGGACGAUCCUGAUUUCGAUGCAAAACCAAUGAUUCUCUUGGUAGGUCAAUAUUCUACUGGAAAAACCACUUUUAUUAAAUAUUUACUUGAAAGAGAAUUUCCUGGAAUUCGAAUUGGACCAGAACCAACUACAGAUAGAUUUAUUGCUGUUAUGUAUGACGAUAAGGAGGGAGUUAUUCCUGGAAAUGCUCUCGUGGUCGAUCCAAAUAAACAAUUCCGACCCCUCUCGAAAUUUGGAAAUGCAUUUUUAAACCGAUUUCAAUGUUCAACCGUUACAUCUCCUGUUCUCAAGGGCAUCUCUAUUGUUGACACUCCUGGCAUUCUCUCGGGUGAAAAGCAAAGGGUGGACAGAGGUUACGACUUUACGGGUGUUUUGGAAUGGUUUGCAGAAAGAGUAGAUAGAAUUAUUUUGCUUUUUGAUGCUCACAAGUUGGAUAUAUCCGAUGAAUUUCGUCGGUCAAUAGAGGCACUAAGAGGACACGAUGACAAAAUAAGGAUUGUUUUGAACAAGGCUGAUAUGAUUGACCACCAACAGUUGAUGAGAGUAUACGGAGCAUUGAUGUGGUCAUUGGGGAAAGUUUUACAAACCCCGGAGGUUGCAAGGGUUUAUAUAGGAUCGUUUUGGGAUCAGCCACUUAGAUACGACGUUAAUAGAAGAUUAUUUGAAGACGAAGAGCAAGAUCUUUUCAAGGAUAUGCAAUCACUACCCAGAAAUGCUGCGCUUAGAAAAUUAAACGACCUGAUAAAGAGAGCGCGAUUAGCAAAAGUUCAUGCCUACAUAAUAAGUGCCUUGAGAAAAGACAUGCCUACUGUAUUUGGCAAAGACACAAAAAAGAAGGAACUAAUCAAAAAUCUUGGUCAAAUUUACGAUCAAAUUCAACGAGAGCAACAAAUUUCGCCAGGCGACUUUCCCGACUUGAAAAAAAUGCAAGAAAAUCUUUCACACCAUGAUUUCACAAAAUUUAAUCCCAUCAAGCCAAGACUUUUAGAGGUUGUUGAUAAAAUGUUGUCAGAAGACAUUGCAAAAUUAAUGGCAAUGAUUCCUCACGAGGAAUCAGUAUCGACUUCGGACCCACUUAUUAAGGGCGGAGCUUUUGAAGGAGUUGAGGAUCAAAUUAGUCCAUUUGGAUAUAAAAGGGGAGAAGGAAUUGAUGCUGGUGCUGGCGAAUCAGAAUGGAUUGUUAAUAAAGAGAGAUAUAAAUACGAUACUGUAUUUGAUUCUCUUGGACCUUCAGAUGGUAAAAUAACCGGUGCAGCUGCCAAGUUGGAAAUGGUGAAAUCAAAACUUCCUAAUAGUGUGUUGGGAAAAAUCUGGAAGCUUUCAGAUAUUGAUAAAGACGGAUAUCUUGAUUCAGAUGAAUUUGCCCUUGCAAUGCAUUUAAUUAAUGUUAAAAUAGAAGGUUACGAUCUUCCAACAGAACUACCAGAUCAUUUAAUACCACCAUCAAAACGCGAUUUAUGAAGUCAACAUUUCUAAAAUGAUAUCUAGGCAAUGUACUACUAAAAAAUAUUUUUCAAAGAACAUUAAACUGCGCAAUUGAAAAUUGCAAUAUCUUUAAUACGUACACAUACAUACACACAAUAUUAUAAACGUAUACAUAUGUAUAUGUUUAUUUCAUUUAUUCUUAGAGAGGGCACUAAGCUUUGUGUUAUAUUAUUUAAUUUAAAUUAAUAUAUAAUUUCCAAAAAAUGUAUUUUCAAUUUAAACAUGAAAUUUUUAUUUGUAAUUUGUAAAUAAUCUCAUAUUAUUAUAUUUAUCUGAAAAGUAAGUGCUACUCUAUUACUUGCAUUGAUAUAGGCAAGUAAACAUUUGGAGAUGAUUAAUUUAUUAGUUUUUUUUAUAUUAUUCAAAAAUAGUAGUAUUCUGCAUAAUUAUUAUAUACAUAUGUAUAGAUAUCAGAAACAUAUGCAGAGUAAAAUUUAGUCUGCAUGCGCUUCUGACAAAUGAUAAAAAUUAAAAUAUAUAUAUUGUGCUUGAACUUUAUUAUGCAUAUUAACGAUCAACUUUAUAAAUAAUUUAUUUUCUUGUAUUUAACAAUAUAGGGUUUAAUUGUGAGAAUCAUAUAAAGAAAUUUUAUUAUAAAACACAAUUUUAAUUAUUUUAAUUAUUAUUUUGAGUGAAAAUGAAUACACAAAUGUUGGAAAUUUAAAAAAAAAAGUACAUUUAUAGGCAUGUAAUGACACGCACAAUUUUGUAAAGCAAUAAUUCACCUAUAUACAAUUUAUUCCUAUUAGUUUAUUGCUAUUUGCAUUCCAAGAAAUUUGUAUCAUUUGUGAUCAAUGCAUACCUACUUAUUUCCUGUAAUGAUUAUACAAUUCAGAAACAUUGUGAAGAAAUGAUUUCAAAAAGUUGCCGAGUUUUGUGCAUUUUAACAUCUACAGAGCUGCAUAAAGUUUAGAAUGUAAUGUCAUUCUAUUAACAAGAAAAGACAUUUUCAUUUAAGAUCAUUUUUUCCUAUAUUACAAAAAAUAUUUUUAAAAACUUUUGCUUUUAAUAUUUGCGUGCCUUCCAAACUGACUCGAAUAUCUGCUUAUCUUUGAGUUAAGGUUACUGUUACUGACAUAAUAAUAUACAUAAAAUUAUUGUAUGUAUAAGGGUAUACGUUUACAUCACGUUAUGCAGGUUAAUCCAAACAUGUAAUAUUACCCGAACAUCACGAUGAUAAUAAUAAGAAUAUAAAUUAGUUUUACUUUUGAGUAAAAUUAAAAUGUCCGCUUUAUCACAGUAAAUAAAGGCAGUUGGCAAUAGAGGUUUACAUUAAACUGCAAUUUUGCGAAACUUUAAUGUAAUAUUACGUGAUGAUCUAGUAAUAUUAUACGGGUUGCAAUGCAAAACUUGACUUGCUGCUUUUAUUUGUAAAUAGGUAUAUACGUGAUGAAACAUUUUUGAAAAUAUUCCACUUACAAUUGAAAUAAAUUUAUAUUUUUAAUACA